AUGCUAUCCAAAAGUGGUUUCACAUGGGAUGGAAGUCGAAAGAUGAUUCAGUGCGAGAAGGCACAAUAUGAAGCUCAUUGUCAGAUUCACAAGGAGGCUAAGGGAUUGUAUGCUGUAUCAUUUCCAUACUUUGAACAAUUGGCUGCUAUCUAUGGCAAAGACAUUGCAACAGGAGAAAGUGCUGAAGGCUUUGGUGAGGCAGUGGGAAACUUGGAGAAGGAAAUUGCUAUGGAGGAAGAAGAAAAUGAGGAAGAGGACAUCAUCUCAACAGGAAUAGCUCGACGGUCCAUUGACACUUGCUCUAUUGAUACAACUAGUUCGAAGAGGCAGAAAAAGGAGCCAAGGCCAAAGAGGGCGACAGGACCAAGCGAUCCAUUUGCAGCCAUGCUUCAAGAUGUCAAUAGCCAGCUGAACAACAUGACACAACAUGUGGGUGCAAUGACAACAUCAUUUACAGCAGCAAUGGCGCGAGAAGCAGCACAAGAAGACCCUCAACAGAAAUCAAAAGAAAAGGCAAUUAGUGAAUUGUCUAGGCUUGCAUUUACUGGGAGCGAGAUCGUUGAAGCUGCAACAAUAUUCGCUAAAGCUCCAGAGCACAUGAACAUGAUGCUUGUGCUUCCAGGCAUUCUGAGGAGGGAUUUCGUCCUGAAAAUGCUGUCUGAUGAAAGAAAGAAGCAAGGUUGA